UCAACCAUCUCUCAUGAAAUUGGCCAGGAGCAGACCUGACAGGCGCACCACUUUGAAGGAGAAUAUGACUCGUUCUAUCGCUAGAAAAAUCGGCAAUUACUUAAAUGGCGAACAAACUUUGGCAAAUUUGUCCAUCGAGUUGCGCGAGUCCGUGUUGCUUGAGUUUGUUCAAGUUACGAGCGGGUCGAGUUUGGGAGGAUCGCAGGACUUCAUGGCUAGACUGGAGCAGGCUUUGUCUCAUUUAACCAGCGCUCACACGAAAAAAUUCAAGUUUGGUGGCUUGUUGUCUUCGAGAAAUUUCGUAACCAUGCCCCAAGACAUCACUAAGGUCCUGGAAGUUCUUUCCACGAAAGCUAAGAAUUUGGAGCUGCUGAAAAUAAAUGUGAAGAGAAAAGUCCACGCGCUCUGUCCAAUGUUGGAGUCGAAAUCCAUCGAAGCAAUUUGCAAAUUGGUGAAGUUGAGAAUUCUCAAGAUUAGCAAUUUCGUGGUUCAAUACCAGAAACUGAAAUCGAUCUGUAAAGUUCUGAUCAACUUGCGAUCUGUAAAUGUCCGUUUCAUUUCCUUCGAACGAGACAUGGAACCCGAAGACCUUGACGCUGACAUCGAAGACUUGAAGUUGAGCUUUUCUCGACUGAAAGAGUUUUUAUUUUCUUCGUUGUGCAGCGAAAACCCACUUAUACAAAAGUUGACAACGCUCUGCGUUCAGCACUUGCCCCAGCUCGAGAUCGUCAACGAUUUCGCCGAAAGCGUUACGUACUUCUCCAACCUAGAAUCAACAGAGGGAGUGAAGAACUCUGAUCUACGCCACUUGGGAGUUUAUCCAACACACAACAGCGACUUGUCGGCAGUCUUUCCAAAGGUCACUCAUUUAAAAGUACUCCUGAUGGGAGAUGAGCCGGAAGAGAACAUCAACUCGAUUCUGCACUUCUCAAACAUCGAGAGUCUGAAUUUUCACUCGCUUCCGUCCGUGUCAGUUCUAGACAGAUUUUUCGGCGCCUACGGAGCCAAUCUGCUCACUCUCAUUCUUUCGUGCGACUGGCAAAGUUUGUCCUUCAGCAGAAUUUUUGCUGCCUGCCCAAAACUGCAAGUGCUGAAGUUGGACGAUGUAGUCAUUUCUGAUGACAAGGAGCCGAUCAAGGAAUUCGCACAGCUGACUGAACUCAAAUGGACGCUACGGAAAAGCGAUGGCUUGAUGCCCAAAUCCAAGGUGUGCAACAUCCUUUCAGCCUUGCCAAAUCUGAAGAAAUUGAGCCUCAGUGAUUGGACCGACCUUGAAAUCGACGAUCUGAACAAGCUGACGGCUUUGAUUGCGGGCAAGAAGAUUUUGGGAGAACUUACCCGUCUCGAUUUGGAGUCGAAAACGGAAUUAGAAGACGGUGCAAUUGACGUCAAAUUAUUUCGGGUGUUUGUGGACUUGAUCGCUAAUGCGGCGGCCUACCUUCAAAAUUUGGCUGUCUUUAGACUCAAUUUGUGCUACAUGAAGGGUAAAAUUGCUCAGCAUUUGAAAAGCAAACAGCCAUUACAGAUUGGUGAAAUCGGCGAAAAGUUUCAGGACUGGAUCGGCGAUAAAAGCAUCGCUGACUUCAUUCGUGUCAUUAAUAGAUGCUAAAGAGCUCUUACUCUUGUGAUUUGUUUUUUACAUUUCAUUUUUUUAAAAUUUGUGAUGUAGACAGAGGAUUUA